GCCAUGACCUUUACCUCCAUGCUGGACCCCACAGCCACUUUCUCUACGGCAGUUUGUUAAGCCCUCCUCCGCCUGCUGGAGCUCCUCAGAGCUGAGAUCAGCAGACUGGGAGGUUCCAGGUGAAGCAGCCAGAUGUUGUGGAGUCCGUUCAGUGAAGCCUGCCUUGUGCUGAGUCCAGCUCCUCUCACUGAGCAGAAAUGGACCUGGAGGUGCGCUGAUGCCAGGCUGGUUCUAUAAAUACACCCCUCCAGCCUGGUGCUCUCCAGCUCCUCUCUGCUCUGGUGGCUUUGUGGUGCUCCAGCAGCCCUACUGGGGGAAGCUGGUGCCUUUAAGGAGAGGCUGGCCACCUCAGGAGCGAAGAGCCAGUUUUAAAUGGUGCUCAGGCGGUUCUGCUGCAAGUCUUCACCCGGAUCUGUGUCUCCAAGCUGGGAUCUAUGAGCGCCAAGGCAGCAAAGACGAAGGAAGACAAAGAUGCGAGCAAAGAGCCUCAGCUGAAGGGGAUUGUGACGAAGCUCUGCAGCCGUCAGGGCUUCCACCUCCAGCUCCAAGCAGAUGGAACCAUCGAUGGCACAAAGGAGGAGGACAGCAGCUAUGCCAUCUUCAACCUGAUCCCCGUGGGGCUGCGUGUCGUGGCCAUUCAGGGCGUCCAGACCAAGCUGUACCUGGCCAUGAACAACGAGGGCUACCUGUACACCUCCGAGCACUUCACGCCGGAGUGUAAAUUUAAGGAGUCCGUGUUUGAGAACUACUACGUGACCUACUCAUCGAUGAUAUACCGGCAGCAGUCGGGCCGGGGCUGGUACCUGGGGCUGAAUAAAGAGGGCCAGAUCAUGAAGGGCAACCACGUGAAGAAAACCAAACCGGCCGCUCACUUCAUCCCCAAACCCCUCAAAGUUGCCAUGUAUAGAGAGCCUUCUCUCCAUGACCUGACUGAGUUCUCACGGUCAGGAAGCGGCACACCAACCAAAAGCCGCAGUGCAUCGGCCAUGCUGAACGGCGGCAAGGCGCUGAGCCACAACGAGUCGACGUAACCGUGGGACACGGACACACAAGCAUCAACAACUCAGCACAACGGCGUUUACAAACCGGG